CCCUUGCGCUGCACCUUCCAAAACCCCAUCUUUAACAUCUGCUUUUUGCCAGCGACUCGACUCAUCUUACUGCACGGACAGAUUUACGCGUUGGGACCUGGCGUCAUCUCUGGUAAGUCCAUCUACGCGCCUGUGGGGCGUGCACUGUUACGCUCUGCCAGCCUCGAAUGCGAUUUUGGCGCGUGGGACGUGGAAGCCAAGCUAGCCUGCCCUCGCUCAAAACACACAACAUACCCUUCCUACUUCCCACAACACACCUUGGUGCCCACCUUUCCUUCGCCCAUCCCCCAUCCACCACUUCCUGUGUACAAUUGUAGCUGGACCUCUACCCCGUCCACUCAAUUACCACGCAUCUCGCGCUCCAAGGGUUCGUCUCCAUCUCGCCCGUCACGUCACCGUCGCUGCCGCAUCCCAGAGAGCGUGGCAGAGCAGCCAGCAUUCGCGAGCAUCGACCGUGGUUUUGCCUGUCAGACUACACAUGCACACCGCGGCUCUUGA